AUGGAUGGAUGUUUCCAACAAGGACACGGAACGCGCAGAUUUGUCGGCGCCCACGUGGUGUCGACGCUUCUACUUGCCUUCGUUCUACUCUGCGCUGAGCCGACCUCUGCGCUGAUUCCAUAUGAACCGUCGUACCUGCUCUACAGUCUCGACCAUAAUGGCUCUUUUGUAUAUCUUUUGCAUUCGAGGGGAUCUAGCCAGAAUGUCACCACGGAACUCCUGGCCUUGAACGUGUCGGAAGUCGUCGACGCCGCGGAACCGCAGUAUUCGACACUGACAAGCUCGUUACCCUUCCAGCACCAUGAAAACGGUUCAGCUUAUGUACCUACCAUUGACGCCGCUGGCGUGAUCAAGGUAUUCGCAGGUAGCUGUCGGGACACUCUGGACCAAGGCGCGAUAUGGCAGUUCACACCCAAAGCGAACGACUCCGCGGGCAAUGGCACCUGGGAACAGCUGGCCAUAGAUAGCUCCGCAACUCAGUCCGGUGUCGCUGUGGAUAGGCCUAAUUUCCUUUCGGCGGGUUUUGCAUAUGCGCCCACCAAUACGUCUGACCGUUCCAUCUAUGCAUUCGGCGGCAUGUGCCCGUUCACGAAUGCUACAAACCAAACCUGGAUGGCCGCUGCAAAUUAUUCCCAGUCGAUGAUCGUUCUAAAUCCUCAUACUUCCGGGGAUACUGUGUCUUAUGACGCCUCUACAACUGGCAGCCGCGCCCCUCCAGUCGCGGAGGCCGGGUUUACGAUCACACCCCUGCAGGCGUCCUAUGCAUAUUCCUCCACCGGAGAGCCGCGCAAGCAGCAAGAUUUUCUCCUGAUUGGAGGCCAGACCCGGGACGCCUUCAUAAACAUGUCGCAGCUGGCCGUCUUUUCUCUCCCGCAGAAUAGCUGGAGUUUUGUGAACGUGAUGACUGCACCGACCACGCUCAAAACAGAACUUGCCGUACGGGAAGUCAACGUGGUGGAGCCAAGAUCAGGGCAUACAGCAGUCCUGUCUCCAGACGGUAGCAAAAUCAUCGUCUACGGAGGCUGGGUAGGGAACACGAGUGUCGCAGCUCAACCGCAGCUAGCUAUCCUGGAGCUCGAAGCUGACUACGAAGAAUGGACCUGGAGGAUACCAUCGAUUACAAGUUCUGGAAUCGGAGAAGCAGCGGGAAUAUACGGACAUGGUGCCACAAUGCUUCCUGGAGGAGUGAUGAUGAUCGCAGGAGGACAACCCAUUCCGCAUCUAUCUUCCAAACUCUCUUCCAGGAGCUCUCUAGACAACUCGCAGGUCUACCUGUACAAUGUCACAUCGGGGCAUUGGGUAUCAACCUAUGAGAAUCCUUACUCACGAAAAGACAACGUAUCUGAUUCUGGCACCUCGAAUUCGCGCACAAAGACUGGGCUUGGAGUCGGUCUGGGUCUGGGGAUCCCCGCGGUGAUUUGUUUAGCAGUGUCCCUUUUCUUCUAUAGCCGCAGGCGCUACGAGCGUCGCUCACGGGAUCAAGAGCUACGGAACUUGGCUCUUGGCGCACAAAGAGCUCAUUUCUGGGGCGGCGAGGGCCCAAAUAUGGCGAGCAGCAUACGCAGGCCCUUUUCGGGGGAGAUGGAAGAGAUUGCCGAUUGGAAAAGUAAGCGCGGAUCUGGGCAGUCGUCUGUCUGGCAUGAUAAGGCAGGAGGGACGAUCGCGGAGAGCACUGGCUUGCUUGGGGAAGCAUUGAGUCCCACCAAGACCAACCUGUCUGGCCCAACAGCGAGAUUGUACCGGCCACCAACUCAAUACAGCGAGUUUCGCAGAAGCGAUGCCACCGGAGAGAUCCAUCCAAUCGACGAGCGCGAAGAAGACGAGGCAAAGAACGCCGGAAUGAUCAUGACGCAGGAGACAUACGACCAACCAAGAGGAUCAGCCUUUCUACCGCCCUUAGGCGUCAACAUUGGCUACUCAGCCGUCCCCCUCGUCCCCCCCGAGUUCAUUGCCGGAAUUGGCAUCGAUCAAGAUGGUGGCCCCGCCUCGCCAGACAAAGGAGACCGGACUUCAUCCAACCUGUCCGAUUCAUCGACUACUUCCGCGAAGUCCACCAUGCAAGCCCGUGCGCUCAAUCUCCCGCAUCUCUCCUCCUCCAAUCAGUCGAUAAGCGGACGACAAAUCCCCCUGAAGUCCACCGAAGCAGCUUCUGCCAGCCGAGAAAUCCCGCGCAGCCGGCCGAACAGCAUGGCGCUAUCCUUCGUGGAACAAUGCUAUACCUCGGAUUCCUACUCGACUGCGCAGACCUCGGUGUCUCAACGUCACUCCGAAGGCGAACACCUCCUCCAACAUCACCAACACUCCCAGAGCCUCGAAGAGCCUACCUCCCCACUUGCUCAAACGCUCGAUCUCUUCCCGAUGCCCGAUAGCAAACCCACCGCCUUGCCCACUAUAGGCAGGCCUCGAACCUCCGACUGGAUCGGCAACAACGUCCGCCGCGUCCUCUCUCUCACUCGACGUCGACCACCGACGGCAGACUUCGCCGAACCCCCCGGUGCGUUCACCUCAAUCGCCUCCGGCAUUGACAUCAACCUCGACCGACGAAGCACCGUCGUCGGCAACGGUAGCAGCAGCAGCAGCCGCCCGUCUCCUGUGACCCACCUGGCUGCCGGAUACGGGAACACACGGAUUCCGCGCCGCUCCGUCAGCGCCUCCGCCGAGCUCUUCCGUCGCAAACAGGGGGCCCGGGACUGGGGAGCCGGGAUGCGAAGCUCGGUCGCUGGCCCUUCGUGGCGCGACGACAUGGGGAUCGGUGACGAGCGUGCCGGCUUGUAUUCCGAUGGCCUGCGCCGGUAUGCGGAUGCCGACGGCGAAGAGGACGGGGACGACGACUGGGAUGUCGAGGGUGCGGCGGAGGGCCGACGGGUCCAAGUGACCUUCACGGUGCCGAAGGAGAAGUUGCGAGUCGUGAACGCUACGGCGGGGGAGUUGGAUGGGGUUUCGGAGAGGUCCGUCAGUGGUGGGAUUCUUCCUCGCAUGGUCCGCGAGAUUUGA